CAGUCAAGGUAGCGAUGACUAUCGCUACGCGCUCGACAUUUACCGUGCAGUGUGGAAACAACAGGCUGACGGAAGUUCGGGUCCUGCGUCCCUGAGUUCUUUGGAGUCCUUGACUUCCAAGGUAUACGUGCCAACCAUGCGGACUUCGUGGAUACUGUUCGCCGUGUUCACGUUGCUCUUCUGGGACCUGUGGGAUCGUGUGCCGCUGCUUCCCGAACUUGGGAGCCUUGUAGGAUCUCUGGUGAUCAUCCUGUUCGCGUCUUACUGCUUGUCCGGCUUUGUAUGGAAGACUUUCUUUGUCAAGCAUCUGUCCUGCGACGGUAAAGCUGUCCUGAUCACAGGUUGUGACACUGGAUUUGGAUACGCACUCGCUACUCGACUGAGCCGAGACGGCUUCGUGGUAUUCGCCGGAUGCCUCGACUCCCAGAGCGAGGGUGCCAAGACCCUCGGCAAACUGCGAAAUGUGACGGUGCUUCAGCUGGACAUCACCAAGGCUGAGCAAGUUGACGCGGCGUUCGAAAGCGUCCAGCAAGCACUGGGUUCCAGAGUCCUCUGGUCUGUAGUCGCCAACGCUGGCAUACGGAACAAUGGCCUGCUGGAGUGGCUCACAAUGGGGAGCAUCAUCAAGAUAUUCGACGUGAACGUCUUCGGAACGCUGAGGGUCACCAAGAAGUUCCUGCCGAUGCUGAAAAAGAGCAAAGGACGCAUGAUUGUCGUCACUAGCCCAUUUGGGCACGUCACGAUGCCAAUGGGAGUGCCAUACUGCAUGACGAAGUACGCCUUGGUGUCGAUGCUCGAUGGACUGCGACGAGAAUGCCGAGGAAAGGGUGUGGAUUUUGUCUCCGUAGAGCCCAUUGCAUACAAAACGCCGAUCACGUUGAACCUGGGUGCUCAGGAUGAGACGCAGCCAGAGCUUCAGCAGCAGCCGCCAGAGGUCGUGGCCGACUACAGUGCCGAGGAGAUACAGCGGUGGCUGGACACACCCAGACAGCUGUACGACUUGAUUGUGAGAGACGAUAUCAACGAAGUGGUGGACCAGAUGGUGCUGGCGAUCCGGGAAACGGACCCCAAGAUCCGCUACAUUACAAAGUUCCGGCUGGGCGGCUUCUUGUACUAUGCAGCCGCAGUGUUGCCCACUGAACUAGCGGACUUUUCAAUCGGAGUGGGUCUCAAGAUGCUGCCGUUCGCGUCGCGAAUGAUGAGGAUAGGCGCCAGAAAUGCCGAGUGACUCUGUACGAGUGAGUACUCGUGCGCCCCACGAUGAGAAUGGGCGUUUCGUUGUUGGGCAUCACCCAACAGAACAUGUCUAUCAUGAACGUUCCGGUUGAGAAACUCGCGUUGAAACCUGGCCGUCGCACCGAGGACGUUGGCGCUAGCGUUGCCGAGGCGUGCACCACCGUUGUCGGGUUCAUGGAGAGCAAGACGAUGCUGACGCCUGGCCUCAACAUCAAACUCCCGCAACUCGGGGUCGGCGGCUCUUCGCUGACGUUUCGCCUGGGCUUCGGAAGCCAUCACGCUAGAAUCCGCACGUCGACGACGAGCCCUUUCCUGAGUGGGUUGGCGGCGGCGUUGCUCAAACGCGUUAGGACACGUCGUCAGUUGCUCAUGCAUGGCUCAUAUCGCCUUAAGCAAUGGGUCAUACCCCAGUAAACGCGGCCUCCCCAUUACGAUGACAGAAUAGAAGUGAAAUUCUACGCUGGAAUGAUUAGCGGCCACGCAGCCAGCUGUGGAAGGAGACGACGACACUCGAGCCAAUCCUAAUGAUGAUAGUUUCUUUUUCUACACGCGAACAUCAUCCUGGGCUAACUAGCCCUUAACAGCUUCGCUGUAAAAAACAAUACAACAAAUUGACAGUCACUUUGGCAUACGCCAAAGAGGGUGAAGACGAAAGCCUGCGCGCUCAAGACAUAUUCAUUAAAUUACUUGACAUUCUCACUCGAAUGCAUUUCUACUUAUUGUUUUUCCGACGAAAAGUCGUGGGUUCGAGUGCCUAAAUUGACGCUACUCCAAUUAAGUGUGCCUUAAUUAACCUCGCCAUAAUUAACACAUAAGGUUGUGCGUUCGAAUCCCACCAACGGUAUGGUGUUCGAGUUCUCUAAUUAACUCUAUGUUAAUUAACUGUGCCUUAAUUAACUUCCCAUUAACGCCAAAGGUGGUGGGUUCGACUCCCACAUAAAUUCGAGGUUUCGACUCUCACCGAAGGUCGUGGGUUUGAGUGGCUUAAUUAGCGCCAUCUUAACUGACACGGUGACCCGCAAGCCAUCAAAAUUGUUGCGUGAGCGUUGCUUGCUUACUCAUAGAAGACGACGAUGACGGUGACCUGCACACCACAAUUGUUGUGUGAGCGUUUGCAUAUAGGUAAUACACGAUGGCGGGUCGGUUUAGUAAGUAAAUUACUACAUCGAGUCGUCAUCGUGUAUGAUGUCGCUUCAACGACACUGUUUUCGCUUAAGGGCAUUGAAGGUCGACUGAACAAUGAGACACAAGGCUUUGGUCUUAAUAAAUUAUUUCGAGCACCUUCAGGCUUGCCAGUAUUUUUCAAGCGAAGCUUGUAUUGCCUCACUCGUGUCGCCGUCGGUGUUGAUGUUAGCGUACGAAAAAAUCCAAGCCGCACGAAAAAAAAAAUUGGAGGACGCUUAAAGGGCAACUUCGGUGUUUUUAACACGAAAGUGUUUUAUGCCGGGGUCCACCAAGACUUCACUGACGUAUUUCCGUCACGGAAAUACGUCAUAGAACAUAAUACAAAGAAAGAAACCAGAAGAAAAAGUUCCACAAACAUGCAAAAUUUGGAAAUCAAACCCACGACCUCUCGGUCCGCGACGAUAGAUCGCCGAGCGUUUAACCCAUUGCGCCACAAACGCAUUUGCAGAGAGCUACACAGACGCGCCUUAUAUAUCUAA